AUGCCUAAGAAGGUCUGGCAUGCUGCUUCUCUCUCCUUCUCCUACUUCACCAUCCUCACCUACUGGGGCCUCGCCUUCUACUUCCUCUUCGCCUCCCUCCACACCCUCUCCUACGCGCGCCACGGCACCCCGCUGCUAGCACACUUCCCCCGCCCCCUGCAGGCGCUGCACUCCCUCCUCUACACCACAAUCAUCACCUACCCCUUCCUGGUGACAAUCGUCUACUGGGCGGUUCUAUACUCAUCCUGGUUCCCAACCCCCUACCCCCGCUGGACCAACAUCUCCCAACACGCCUUAAACUCCCUCUUCGCCCUCUUCGAGCUCGUCAUCCCGCGCACCUCGCGCCCGCCAUGGUUGAAUCUCCCAGCACUGAUCCUGAUCCUCGCGCUCUACCUCGCUCUCGCUUACCUCACACACUAUACACGCGGCAUCUACGUCUACGAGUUCCUCGACCCAGGAAACGGCCGGGGCUUGCUAGCGGGAUACGUACUGGGCAUCGCGGCGGGGAUUAUCGUCAUCUUUUUGAUUGUGCAGGGCUUGGUUUGGUUGAGGAAGUGGGGGACGGAGAGGAAGAUGGGGAGGGAGGGGAGGUUUCAUGGGGGGAGGGCGAAGGCGCAGGGGGAUGCGGAGUUGGAGGCAGUGGGAGGAUAAGGCCUGAUCGUUCGUUCGUUUUGGCGAUAUCUGUUAUGGCGAUGUGUUUGGGAGAUUUGAUGUUUUGAUAGUAGUGGCGCUGGUGGAAUUUUUUGUGUAGAUAUUCCCCAUACCGACAACACCUGUCUAUAUAUAUAAUAAUAAUACCCCCC